GUUUCUACCUCAGCCCGUUUGCCUCUAGUAACUAUGUGUACAGUACUGACUUGACCAAUAAAGUGAAUUAAGUGGCGGGAGAAUCGUUUACACCAUGAGGAGAGUCUCUACACACCAUCUCCAUGUCUAAAGUUGGCCUGAGGCAGAAACUGCUUUAUCAGGAUAGUUUGUCUCCUUCCACAAUAUGUUAUGAAGGUUUUCCUGGACACCGGCAGACAGAGAAAACUCCUCAUCCUGUACCUAUUUAUCUGGAAUAUUGCAGCUGAUUGUCCCCUACCUGAACAUGGAGAGUACACAGUUCUCACAAAUGAGUCCCUUCUAAUAAAUGAUUUCCCUGAUGGUACUGUGAUCACAUAUGAGUGCAGACUUGGACAUGUAAAAACAAGUGGCACUGGGACAUCGAACUGCGUCAAUGGGAAGUGGACCGAGCCAGAUAUCAUCUGCAGGACUUAUUGUCCCAUGCCUGAAGGUGGAAAGAACAUGGUUCUCACUGAUGAAUCCCUCCUAAGAAAGGAUUUCCCAGAUGGUACUAAGCUCACUUAUAAGUGCAACAACGGAUAUGAAAAAGAAAGUGGAUCUGAGAUCAUAACCUGCAUUGGUGGGAAUUGGACUGAGCCCGAUCUAAUCUGCAAGGCUUAUUGCCGUAUACCUAAAGGUGGAGAAAACUUGGUUCUCACUGACGAAUCCCUCCUAAAAGAGCAUUUCCCAGAUGGAACCGAGGUCAUAUAUAAGUGCAGCAAUGGAUUUGAAAAAGAACGUGGCUCUGAGAACAUAACCUGCAUUGAUGGGAAUUGGACUGAGCCAGAUCUAAUCUGCAAGAAACAGAGUAUAGUAGAGACUAUAUGAAGGAAAUACACCUCCUAUAGGCAGUGGGGCCAUUUUUGCAAUAGUUUGCUCCAUAGUUGGAAUUUUUAUAAACAUCUGUCUAAAGAGAAGAUGAUGAUUGAACACUUUGAUUCCAUAGGAUAUUAAAUUCUCUGAAAGUCACUGAAACAAUGUACAAUCAUUAAUCUUCAGGGGUUUUAUUGUGCAUUGACUUAGUUGGUUCUUACUAACAAACCAAUGUAAAA